AUGCUAACUGUCACAAGAAGAAAAUUACAUUUUCUGGGAUACGCAUUUGUCUCAUAUAUAGCUACAACCUUUGUAGUUUUAGAAUCAUUAUAUUCUUCAACAAGUUUUCUGUCAGCAACAUGCAAGCUAACACAAGGAUUCCCGCUAAUUGUGCUUUGCAAUUUUGCCAUAUUAAAUAGCAUAUUAAUUUGGCAACUUUCCAUCUGGCUAUUAUUUGGAGACUUGAGAUUGAUCGAAACCGAACAUAUUUUCGAAAGAUUAUCUUUUGCAAUUAUAAAUGGAAUUUUCACUUCUUCAAUGUUUAGAGACCAAGACUUUUUAUCUGGGAUUUUUUUCACUGGGGUAAUUAUUGCUUUAAGUGUAUUGCAUUGGAUUUUACAGGACAGAUUAGAUCAAUUAUACUUAACUUCCACUUCGAUUACCACAAUGCACAACAAUACUAGCAGCAGAAGUAUCCUAUCCAAGUAUAUUUUCUCUAAAUUUUAUCUCAAUACACUAGUUUUAUUUUUUAUUGAUAUACAGUUGUUUAGAUCAUGCUUUGAAACAUCCUUGAUAACGAAUAAUUUAUAUUUAAAGAUUAUUGAAUUUCCCACUCAGAAAUUACACAAAGAACAUUCAGAUCCCUUUCGUUCUUCUGUCCCAGUGUUCUUAAUUUUUGCCCUAAAAUUUGCAGUUCUAACUAUUUCUUUAUUGAAUAUAUUUGGACGUUCCAUUAUUAAUUUAUUUGAAAUUUACAAAUUGAGCCAAAUGAACGUAGCAGCAGCAACACCAGUAGCAGCAGAAGAAGGAGAAGCAGGAUCAACAAGUACCAGCGAUGAUGAUGCUUUUGAGAAUAAAUUCAAGUAUGAACUUUGCCUUGAUAUUUUCACUGAUGUAUUAAAACUAAUUGUGAGGGGGUUGGUUUGUAUUCCAUUACAGUUACCGAUUAUGCUUAUAAAAGAUUUAAUUUUUAAUCUAAUUUACAUUAUAAACAACUCAAAAAAGUUAUAUGGGAUCAUUAAAAAUUCUAAACAAUUGAAUGAAAAAUUACCUGAUGCCACAUUAGAGGAUUUAACUAAGAAUAGAGAUAGUGGAGGUGAUACUGGUAUUACUGCGGAGCAUGGGGGAGAUGAACAAGAAGAUAAUGAAUUAUGUACAAUUUGUAUGGAUGAUUUGGUCUUAAAUUCACGUAAUGCUCCCAAAAAAUUACCUUGUGGCCAUAUUUUACAUUUGAAUUGCUUAAAACAUUGGAUGGAAAGAUCACAAACAUGUCCUGUUUGUAGAGUUUCUGUGUUUGAUUCAAAAGGAAAUUUGAAACCAUCUAUACAAAAUGAUACUCCUAACGCAAGUACAACAAACAACAACAACAACAACAACAACAACAACAACAACAACAACAACAACAACAACAACAACAACAAUAAUAAUAAUACCAGAAAUAAUGCACAAGGAAAUACAAUGAGCAAUAGAGCUCCAAAUGAUUCUACUGAAAGUACUAUCCUCAUGCCCACUCCAACUUCUAAUAACACAAACGCUGCCAGCCAUGUUAUCAAAGUUUCUAAAUCAACUAAUAAUAUUAUUAAAAAUAAUGUUCCACAGGAUUGGUAUCCAUUUGAAAUGAAUGAAGAAACGAAAAAAAUUAGUAUUUAUGAUCGUAGCAGUAAUCUAGCUCCUGCUAAUACUAGUAAUAAAAAUUUGACUUUGGUACUUGAAAAAACUGAGCGAAUUGAGGAUAACAGUAAUGACGAGGAUGUUCAAGAUCCAAACAGCAGUAUUAAGAAAAGAACAAUUAAACGCGAUCUCAUUAUACCUCCUUCUAACAACCAGGAAAUCGAAAGCCUAAAAAGAAAGGUAUCGGAUUUACAACAUAGAUUAGAUGAACUGACUAAUAUAAAAAAAUCAAAAACUGAAUGA